UGACUCAUUGUUGUGGAGGGGGGAUGUGAAAAUCGGGACCUGUAUUCGAGGCUAGACACAACCAUUACCCCGCUUUCAAACCGACGAUGGGAGAAAUUUAUGUUUGUGCCGGAUAUUUUUCAUAUUUCUCGCCUGUAAUAAUGUAGUUAGUGGGAAAAGUGUGCGCUGUGUGUAGUUGGUGUAAAGUGAAUAUUGUUUCUGAUUCAGUUUGAAAACUAUGAGUGUUCUUAGUUUAUAAUAAGUGAGGUUUAGUUUACUCUUCAACUCUCAUGGCGACGUAAAAAAUGGCGUUGCCUUCUGUUGCCGCCUUGUCGAGCAGCGCAAAAGCUGCAACAUCUAAAGAAGGAGGUUCUGUAGUGAAAGUGAAGCAGGAGAGAGAUGAUGAGGCAGAGAUACGAGAGUUGGCAGCCAAGAUGCUGGAGCAGCAAAAGGCCAAGAUGGCCAACGCAGUGCCUCAGCCAAUGUCCACUGGGACGCGGCCCGGGGCGACCAUGGUGGCGCCAGGACAACCUGGCAUCAUGGGGUACUUCAACAAAACCAAGGGUGACACGGCUAGUCCUGAUGAGAACGCCAAAACCUCGGAGAAACCUGCCAUUGAUGAGUUCAGUCAGAAAGGUAGGUUUGGCUGGGUGACCCUAGGCGCAACACAUAUUCCUUGUAUCAUAAGAACUCCAGAGGAAAAGUAUUGUUCAGUGAAAAUUACAGAAGCUAAAGUGCUCCAGAAGUACUUCAACUACCUCCACCAUGACAUCUACGCCUGCACCAACAUCCACAGCUUCUAUAUCACCGAGGCGGAGGCGAGACUUCUGAACGAGAUCAACAGCAAACACUGCGAGAACCAGUUCGGCAAGGAAACAUUCUCCACCAAGGACCUAGUAGUGAAAUUAAAAGACGCCAUUGAGUUUUACACUUUUCUGGACGUUUGUUAUAGCAAGUUAUUACAUAACGGCAUCGACGGAAAAGAAAAGUGCGGAUUCAUUAGGAUAAAUAACGAAUCCGUUGUUCCUUACACGGUCAAAGGCGAUAAUAAGUACGUUCCACUAUUUUACUUUGAAGGCGAAACAGACAAUUUAAAAUUGAAAGCGGAAAAACUGGAGAAUUGGGACUUGGCCUACUUGAAAUUCUGUUGUAAAGUACAGGGUAUCAGAAACGAAUUGUUCGCGAGUGAAACGUGUUCAGUGAUAAGUCUGAGUGAUAUUAAGAGCUAUUUUCCGAGCGGGACGGUGUUUGAGGACUAUUGGCCCAGCAAGGUGGUGGACUCGCAACUGUUGUUCCAAAAAGGGUCGUUGACGUCGAUGAGCACGGCCAGUUGGAUAAAAGCCCCUCCAGCGUUAUCUAUGGCUCCUGCACCGACGACGGUGACUGUGAACAAAGUGAUUCCCUCCCCCACUCCUCCCAAUACUAGGACAGCAGCCAUGCCAGCCAGUCCGGCCCAAGCCCAGCCUCCUCUACACAACGGGUGGCCUGGCCUGGUUGGUGGGCAAGCUACUUACCAGCCCACACCACUGCCUCAGCAGCAGCAGCAGCAGCAACAACAACAGCAGCAACAGCAGCAACAACAGCAACAACAACAACAGAGGAUGGCCGCCAUGCAACAUUCAAUCAACCAACAGACGGCAGCUGCUGUUGCAUCCACCAGGUCCUACCAGCCAAGAGGAAUGGCCCCCAGCCCACAGUAUUACUCCUCGCCACACUCGAUGGGUAUGGGUGCCCAGUCUCAAGUUCCUCAACCACCUCCACUAGUCAGGGUGUCCGGCCCACCACACACGAUGGGUUACCACACGUUUGGAAAGGACGAUUGGAAUCCCACGUACUCAACGUCCAACAUGAACGUUUUGCCGACCGGAAGUUCCAUGCAUCAAAUGGGCUCCAUGCUACCUCCACCCCCUCACCUGCAGUAUCCUACAACACACAACACUUCAGCACAACAAGCAAAGUUCCCCCCUCCGCUGAUACCUGUCAAUGGCUCCAACCAGAGGUUUCACCACUACGCUCCCGGACAGGAAGUGAUAGACUUGUCGUCCCCGCCACAGUCACCCCAGAGGCUCAUGGGCAACGGUAAGGGCGUCCAAGGUCACCCCGACCCCAACGGGCUGUGGAAGAAACUCAUUCCUAUCAUGGAGGCACCUCCUUCUUCUGGAGCUCAUUGUCCAUACAAGAUGCAAAAAGCCUUCCUCAUGGAGAAAAUGGUCCCUUCCAUUAAUUCAAAACCUUUCAUCUACUCUGAACUGCUCAUGACUGUUCCUGAUCUGGUCACCUACUUCUUUCCUUCAGUAUCUUUAAACGAAUGCAGAAAAGUACUUCAGGACGUGUUGAACAUCAAUCUUUAUAAAGGAAACUCGCAGCAGAUGCAGGUGUUAAAGGAGAACGGCAAGUGUGACUCGGUGUCGGACACUCUACCUCUGAUCCCUUGUAGAGACGUGGUCAGUUACAUGCCUCAGAUGAAGUACAUCAUGGAGCGGUCACCGAGCAGUGGAGAGUCUGCAGCCAAGAGACAAAGGACUAGCUAGGAGUGGGAUGCGGCCAAUCACUGGCCGCACGGGGAAAACCAUCCGACACAUUACUGGUGAACUGCUAAACUGCUUCCUUGUACACUGCUGUGGUUUGCUUUGACGUAACAAUCGGGUAAUGUUUUAUAAACCAUCCACGUGAAUUAUCUCAUUUUUUAUGAUUUUGAGUUGUUAUUAGUGUGCCAACAACGUUUGUAUCAGGGGGCAUGCUCAAGUAACACAACAUUUCAAGUGUGAGGCCAAGGGGAUUAUCAUGUAAUCCUUUCCCCUCCUUUUAAAACUAAUUAAGAACAUUGGAGAGAUUAAUUUUUGUUUAUAUUAGCUACAAAAAGUAACUAAAUUACUUUUAACGAGUAGUGAAAACCACAUUUUAACUACAAUCAAGAAAAGACAAAAAUCUGAGAUAAAAAGUUGACUGAAAAUAAUGUAGACAUCAUUAUACACCUGCAGUUGUUAACAUUGACUGAGCGAAAUUCAAAUCAAACACAUGUAGAAAAAAAGUAUGUCAGUGUCCAAAAUGCCUCAGUAUAAGAGAUGUGAUUUGAAUAAUCUAAUAGACCCAACCACAUCAGGGCAAUGUACAAGGUAGUGCUAUGUAUAGGACAUUUGUUCAAAACGUAAGGAAUGUGUUGGUUAAAGUGUUUUGACUGUUCCAAGUUGGGGAAGAUGUGCCUCGUUUGAUCAUGUUUUGUUCCAACUAAAGAAAUAUUGUGUUGAAUUUAAGUAUAACUUACUUGUAAAACUCUUCUGCGCCAUAAACAAAUUAUGAUUCAUUCUUUGUUUUUUUGUUUUACAGUAAAUGCUUUAUUAGGUCGCCUCUGAAAAGAUCUACAAAUUUUUUAGUAUCCUAUGUCAUUUUAUUGUGCUUCGCAAAAAUUACAGAGCUUAUGUUGCCAGGAAUAAAUGACUUCUUUUAAAAUAAAUUACGUGGCAAAACAGUACCAUAUAACAUUAUGAACAUCGAACAUCGUGUGUUCGGAAAUUUAAUUUUGAUAUAGUUAUCAUAUAAAAUUGUUCAAACUACCAUAAGUUUUUUGGUCUUAUAUGCUUUAAAACUAAAAAAAUGCAGUUACUUGUUUUUUAGCUUUCAUUAUUGAAACUUAAAUUAAGACCAUUUAAUUAUGAUAGUAUAAUUAUAUUAUAAUUAUUUUCAUACAGUAUAAUGUGUAAAGCUUUUUUUAUACAGUACAACCCUGCUAAUACGUCACAUACGGAACCAGGACCAUUGUAGUGAAAAGGUCGGAUUAUCUGAGGAGCAUGUUACUGGCCAAAUUAACUGCUUAACUGACAUUCAUUAAUUGCGACAGACGAUAAUAAUGUCUCCAGGUCCGCGGGAGACGUUAAAUAUUGUGCCACGACCCCAUAAGACGAUGACGAUGUUUCCAUGAUCAGGUUGGGAGAAGAUCUUCAGGAUUUUGAUGGAUAGGAUGAUUAUUUUUUCUGUGGCCAUGAGAUUCGUCUAGGAUUUUUUUACAAUAGCUGAAGAUGUGAGACGUUCAUUAUUUUGCCAUGAUUGUGGAGGUUGAAAAUACAUUUGAUCCGUGAUCGGGGAUGGAUGAACAAGAUUUUUUGCAGCAAUUGCAGGAUGAUCUCUUUAUGACCUUUGAAAAUAGUCAUAAUAUUUCAGCAAUUAAUUAUCAUUGUUGUCAUUGUUGAUAGGGGAUGGCACGGUCAGAUUAAGCAAAAAGUUGGACUAGCCAAGGUCGAAUAUUAGCAGGGUUCUACUGUACAGUUAUUUUUCUAUUUUGGCUGUGAUUUGGAAACCUUCAUCGUAGAUUGUUUAUCCUUUUGGUGAUUUUCUGGAGCUUGUGUUAAUUUUUGUAUAACUCGGCUUGAAAACUAUUUUCUCAUUUGCCAUAAAGAACUUGAACAAAAUCAUCCUAACAAAUGUUCUAAGUACGUACAUUGGAAUCAAAAUUGUCGAAACUACUAAUAAUUAUCACUACAUAUUGAAAUGUAUACCUAAAAUACAUUUUUUAUGUUUUAAAGCUUUGUUUAUGAGAACUUUAUUGACAUGGUCGUAAAUCGUAAGAAGUAUUUCUACCUAGAAUCCUAAAAAUAAUCAUACAAACAUUUGAGCUGGAGGUAUAUCUUUUUUAUGGUAAUGUAAACCAACCUACAAACGUAGCAAUGAAAAUGCUCUUAUGUAACGAAGUAGAUUUGCAUUUUCAUGUCAAAGAUUGAGAUAGAAUUUCAUUUAUUUAAUAUGCAAGAAAUUUAAAUUAUUUUAUCUAACAAAUCCUGAAAAAGGCAAUUCAAUUGAUUGGUUAAAACUAAAAUCUUUUUUAAAAUUGUAGGCCAUAGUCACAAUACCAUAAUUUUUAGUUAUGUAACUUUGAGACCUAAAUUUACAUUAGACUUUAUCGUAAAAAGUUAUCAAAUUUUUAAUAUUGCUCAUAUGUUAAGUCAUAGUCCCCUUUCUUUUUCGGUAUCAUGACGUAAAAUUUCUUAGUUUAUUUAACAUUUUUAGCUCAACUAAUAAUUGAUGUUACAUAUUAAGUAUAAGUCAUGAUACAGUAGUUAAAAGACAUCUGAUAUUUCCAUUAUAUAAUUCAAUUCAUUUCAUCCUAAGCUACUUAACUAGGUUACUAUUAUUUUUAGGCUUUUAUUUAAUGUGAACUUACCGCUGUUAAUAUAUAAGUAGGUGAAAUAAUUUGUGUUAUAGUUAUGAUUAUUUUAAAUCUAUUGAUUCUUAAGUAUACUUGUUUUGUAUCUAUGGACUUGAAGGGUAUUUUGUUUGUUGUACCAUUGUAAAGAUUUGCUUAGUGUUAUAAGAUGUAUAGUGGAUACUACCUGUCCAAACGACGCCAAAGUAACUCGCUAUUUUAAUUUUCGACCAACGGUGCUCGUAUAUUGUUAUAUGAAUGGCAUCCAUUCUUUAAACAGUGUUGUAUAUAUAUUUUGAUUUAUUAUUUUUGUAAAUUAUUAGCUGUUGUUGUAUAAACUUUGUACAUAGUAAUGUUUUGUGAUGUAUUAAAGUCUUGUCGACUUGUAUAUUACUUGAAUAAGAUUUCAUUAUAUUGUUAAAAGUAAUUCAAUUUUCACAUUUUUAAGUUAAUUAUUUUCAUUCCUUUCAUCAGCCAUUUUCAUAUUGUUUGGUAUCGCCUAAUAUUAU